AUGCGGUCCUUGAGCGUAUGUUUCCUUGUGUUGGCUGCGACCAUCGGCAGCGCUGUCGAGUACAAUAGCGGUAUGUUGUGACACGGUUUUGAUAUGAGGCAUUGUAGAUGAUGGAGUCAUAACCGUCGCGAUUGGCGAGAAAGAGGUGACAAACGUCAAGCUGGGACUUGUUUUCCAAAGAGACGACGUUUUUGUGUUUGGGCCGGCAUGUAAAGACGCCGAUACGUGCACAACGCGGUAUCACAGUGUGUACGAUCCAUCGUAAGUGUAAUAAUUCAAAUUUAUAAGAGAUCCGGGCUCAUAAGAAUUAAAUAUUUUUAGCAAAGACUCGAAGAACGUAUCUAAAAAGGGCAAUUUCGGACCUUAUGAAUACUCUCAAUACGAUGACGUUCAGGUUGCGGUAAGUCACUUGAAUACUUGGAAGCCCGUGUUACGUCAAAUUUUGAAAUACGGGUUCUUUUCCAGAUCGGAGACGUCAAAACACCACUAUCCGUAAAUGUUAUCACUGGACUGACAAAAAAAGAAAAUAGCACCGAUGAUUCUGUUGAUGGGAGUCUUGGAGUUAGCAUUGCUCAAGGCGAAAAUUCAACAUUUUCAAAGCUGGUUUCUGCCAAUGGCAACAGUUCAUAUAUGUUGGUUAUUGGUGGAAAUCCAUACGUAAGCGUUAAAUAAUGUAGGUUAACGAAGAUGUUUAGACAAAAAGCUCAAAAGGCAAGAUUGUCAUCGGAGAAGAAGACAAUGUCGCAUGUGGGACUUUUGUCUCUGUAAAUACUGAAACUGCGACCGACUGGGCUUUCAAGGCGAAGUAAGGUUGUUAAAAUUGUGGGCACUAAAAGACAUUGAGUUAUGAAAAUUUACUUUAUUUAAGAGCAACUUUUGAGAAAGAUCCCAUCGACGUUACAGUGGAUUUCGCCUUCCAAAAUCUUGCAUUCAGCAAAAAUAUAACCGAACGGUUCUACAAAUCAAAUAACAUCAAGCAAAAAGAUUACGAUGAGCUUAAGGAUAUUACUAUCCAGGUCAAAAACAUCACCAUGACCAUCACCAAAGACCUUCUUUAUGAAAAGGUCGGAGAAAACUACCAGCAACAGUUCUCGAUAUCAAAUAGCGAUAUACAAGUUCCACGAAAGGUUUUGAACAACUACUGCCUUAAAUUCGAACAAGACGGCUCCACGUUCAGCGUUGGGGUUGCCGAGCGCAAGAACUCAGUUGGCGUCAUCAUGGCCAGCCUUGGAAUGAUUUCAUUUAUGUUGUCUUUAUUGCGGUUGUAAAUCUUGAAAAUGUUGUAGUGUAUGAUAAACCACACCUAAAUUAAUAAAGUUUUGGUCGUUUGCAUGGGCAAAGACUGAUAAGACUUAAUUCUUAAAUAGUAUUUCAAUGCGUCUCGCCGACAUUCCACUCUGAAAGAAGACGCAGGAACAAUGCGGUUCUUGAGCGUAUGUUUCCUUGUGUUGGCUGCGACCAUCGGCAGCGCUGUCGAGUACAAUAGCGGUAUGUUGUGACACGGUUCAUAUAUGGGGCAUUGUAGAUGAUGGAAUCAUAACAGUCGCGAUUGGCGAGAAAGAGGUGACAAACGUCAAGCUGGGACUUGUUUUCCAAAGAGACACCUUUGUUGUGUUUGGGCCGGCAUGUAAAGACGCCAAUACGUGCACAAAACAACAGCAUGCGGUGUAUGAUCCGACGUAAGUAAUUCAACUUUUUAAGUGAUCGGGUCAUAUAAAUUGAAUAUUUUUAGCAAGGACUCCAAGGAAGUAUCUGAAAAUGGCACUCUCGGACCUUUUGAAUAUUUGCGAUACGAUGACGUUCAAGUUGCGGUAAGUCGCUUGAAUACUUAGAAGCCCAUGUUACGCCAAAUGUUGACCUACGGGUUCGUUUUUAGCUCGGAGACGUCAAAUCAGCGCACACCGUAACUGUUCUUACUGGACUGAAAGAAGGUGGAGAAAUCGCCGAUAUUCCUGCUGAUGGGUUUCUUGGGCUUGGCAUUGCUGAAGGCGAAAAUUCAACAUUCUCAAAGCUGGUUUCUGCCAAUGGCAAGAGCUCUUACUUGUUAAUCGUAGGCGGAAAUCCUAAGGUAAGGCGCUAAUGAAGACAUGAACGAAAAGGUUUAGACAAAGAGCCCAAAUGGCAAGAUUGUCAUCGGAGAAGAAGACAAUGUCGCGUGUGGGACUUUCGUCUCUGUAAAUACUGAAACUUCGACCGACUGGGCUUUCAAGGCAAAGUAAGGUUGUUAAAAUUGUGGGCACUAAAAGACAUUGAGUUAUGAAAAUUUACUUUAUUUUAGAGCAACUUUUGAGAAAGAUCCCAUCGACGUUACAGUGGAUUUCGCCUUCCGUAAUGUCGCAUUCAGCAGAAAUAUAACCGAACGAUUCUACGACUCGAUUAACAUCACGCAAAAAGAUUACGAUGAGCUCAAGGAUGUUACUAUUCAAGUCAAAGACAUCACCGUGACCAUCACCAAAGACCUUCUUUAUAAAAAGGUCGGAGAUGACUACCAGAGACAGUUCUUCACGACCUCAGAUAGUGAUAUAGAAGUUCCAGGAAAGGUCUUGAACAACUACUGCGUCAGACUCGAAAAGGACGGCUCCACGUACAGCGUUGGGGUUGCUGAGCGCAAAAACUCUGUUGGCGUCAUCAUGGCCAGCCUUGGAAUGAUUUCAUUUAUGUUGUCCUUGCUGCGAUUAUAA